AUGAAGACAUUGGCAAUGGCGCAACACACACCACCACUGCUAUUGAUGCUUCUCCUAUGUACUCUAUCUGUCAACUCAUCAUUCCAGCCCGCCCUGGUGUUAGAAAUGGCCAAGAUUCUUUUGGAAAACUAUUGCUUCCCUGAGAACCUGGUUGGGAUGCAGGAGGCCAUCCAGCAAGCCAUCAACAGUGGAGAAAUCCUGCAGAUUUCAGACAGGAAGACCCUGGCAGCUGUGCUCACAGUCGAAAUACAAGGGGCACUGAACGAUCCGCGGCUGACUGUGUCAUACGAGCCCAAAUUCGUCCCAGUGAUGCCACCGAUGCUGCCGUCUCUCCCCAUAGAGCAGCUGAUCUGGCUGGUGAGAAACUCUGUAAAGGUGGAUAUCCUGGACAACAACGUUGGAUAUUUGCGGAUAGAUCGGAUCAUUGGGGAGGAGACAGCAGCAAAGCUUGGCUCUCUGCUGAGGGACAACAUCUGGGACAAAGUUGCUCAAACAUCUUCAUUGAUCCUUGACCUCAGGUAUAGCACAGCUGGAGAAUUGUCUGGAGUUCCCUUUAUAAUCUCCUAUUUCUCAGACCCUGAGCCCCUCAUUCAUAUUGACACUGUGUAUGACAGGCCCUCGAAUACAACCAGGGAACUGUGGACCAUGCCAUCAGUAAUGGGGGAAAAGUAUGGAAAGAAGAAAGACUUGAUUAUUUUGACCAGUAAGCGUACCGUGGGGGCUGCUGAGGCAGUGGCAUAUGCAUUAAAAAACCUAAAGAGGGCCAUCACAGUCGGGGAACGGUCUGCUGGUGGGUCAGUAAAAGUCCAAAAGAUUAGGAUCGCUCAGUCAGAGUUCUACAUAACAGUUCCUGUGGCGAGAUCAGUCAGCCCAAUCACAGGCCAGAGCUGGGAAGUCACUGGCGUUUCCCCAACAGUCAACGUUGUUGCCAAGGAAGCUGUCGCAAAAGCCAAGUCCCUUCUGGCUAUAAGGAGUGCCAUUCCAAAAAUUGUGCAGAGUAUCUCCGACAUAAUCUGGAGGUUUUAUGCUUUCACUGACAGAGUUUCAGCUCUUCUUCAACAUCUGCAAUCUACAGACUUAUUCUCUGUCGUAUCUGAGGAGGACCUAGCAGUCAGACUCAACCACGACCUCCAGACUGUGUCUGAAGAUCCACGACUGAUCAUCAAAUACACACAAGACAAUGCUGCCAUAGUAGAGGAGGACUCUGAGCUUUACAACGUUCCAGAUGAUGUGAAAUUAUUAGGAGCACUGGUUGAUACAACAUUUAAAGUGGAAAUUCUCCCACACAAUACUGGCUAUCUCCGCUUUGACACGUUUGUCAAGCCGUCUGCAGGGGCUAAACUAGAAGAGCUUAUGGCUAAAAAGGUAUGGGAGCCCCUCAAAGACACUAAUAACCUGAUUAUUGAUCUACGUUAUAACACUGGUGGAUCCUCUACCUCUCUAGCCCUUAUACUGUCCUAUCUGCAGGACGCUUCCCAGAAGCAUCACUUUUUCACAAUAUAUGACAGAAUUCAGAACACAACAACAGAAUAUGACACUCUGCCUCGAAUUACAGGCCCGACCUACGGUUCCAAACGUGGGGUUUACGUGUUGACCAGCUACUAUACAGCAAGCGUCGGUGAAGAGUUUGCUUACCUGAUACAGUCCCUACACUGUGGCACAGUCAUUGGGGAAAUUACCUCUGGUACCCUGAUGCACUCAAAGACGUUUCAAAUAGAGGGGACAAAUAUUGCCAUCACUGUUCCUUUCAUAAACUUUUUAGACAACAAUGGUGAAUGCUGGCUGGGAGGUGGUGUGGUCCCUGAUGCCAUUGUGCUAGCCGAGGAAGCUGUGGAGCACGUUCAUGAGAUUGCAGAUUUUCACCGAGGGCUCAGGUCCCUCAUAAUUGGAACUGGGGAACUGUUAGAAAAACACUAUGCAAUCUAUGAAGUCGCACUAGAGGUCAGCAAUGUACUGUUGAGCAAAUUCAAUGAUGGAUUGUACCGGUCAGUGGUUGACUUUGAAUCCUUGGCAUCUCAGUUGACGACAGACCUCCAAGAGACUUCAGGUGAUCACCGCCUCCAUGUCUUCCACUGCGAUGUUGAGCCUGAGUCACUUCAUGACGCCCCAAAGAUCCCUACUGCUGAAGAAGUGGGAUACAUGAUUGACGCUUUGUUUAAAUUUGAGCUUCUGCCAGGUAAUGUUGGCUAUCUAAGGUUUGACAUGAUGGCAGAUGCAGGGGUGGUAAAAGCCAUUGGGCCUCAGAUGAUAAAAUUAGUGUGGAGCAAGAUAGUAAACACAGAUGCCCUCAUAAUUGACAUGAGGUACAACACCGGUGGGUAUUCAACAGCAAUUCCCCUCUUGUGCACCUAUUUCUUUGAUGCUGAACCUUUGCAGCAUCUUUACACCGUCUUCGACCGCACCACAACCACCAUGACACAGGUCACGACAUUGCCUCAAGUCAGGGGUCAAAGGUAUGGGUCCUCCAAGGACGUCUACAUCCUCACCAGUCACAUGACAGGGUCAGCAGCCGAAGUGUUCACCCGCACUAUGAAGGACCUGAACAGAGCCACAAUCAUUGGGGAGCAAACAAUUGGAGGGUCUCUAUCAAGUGGAACCUAUCAGAUCGGGGACAGCGUCCUGUAUGCUUCCAUCCCUAACCAGGUUGUGUUGAGUGCAAUCACUGGGAAAGUGUGGAGCGUUACAGGUGUGACCCCUGAUGUGGAGGUCAAUGCCGAGGACGCCCUCGCUACAGCCAUCAAAAUUGUCAAUCUACGUGUCCAAGUUCCAGCGAUCAUUGAGGGAUCAGCGACCCUGAUUGCUGACAACUACGCCUUUGAAGAUAUCGGGGCUGAUGUUGCAGAAAAGUUAAAAGGGCUCCUGGCAAACGGCGAGUACGCUAUGGUUGUCUCCAAGGACAGUCUAGAGGCGAAGCUGUCUGCUGACCUGAAGAAACUAUCUGGGGACAAGGGUCUGAAGACUACUAGCAACACCCCACCCCUGCCACCCAUGAAUUAUUCUCCAGAGAUAUACAUUGAGCUGAUCAAAGUCUCCUUCCACACUGACAUAUUUGAGAACAACAUCGGCUACCUGCGUUUUGACAUGUUCGGAGAUUUUGAGGAGGUCAAGGCCAUCGCCCAGAUUAUUGUUGAGCACGUCUGGAACAAAGUUGUCAACACUGAUGCUAUGAUCAUUGACCUCAGGAACAACAUUGGUGGCCCAACAACAACCAUCUCAGGCUUCUGCUCUUACUUCUUCGAUGCCGACAAGCAGAUUGUGUUGGACAAGCUGUACGACAGACCAUCCGGCACCACCACAGAGCUCCGGACCCUGCCUGAGCUCACUGGCACAAGGUAUGGCUCCAAAAAGAGCCUGAUCAUCCUGACCAGCGGAGCGACUGCCGGCGCCGCUGAGGAGUUCGUUUACAUCAUGAAGAAGCUCGGCCGCGCUAUGAUUAUCGGAGAGACCACCGCCGGGGCCUCCCACCCACCCAAGACCUUCCGUGUUGGUGAGACUGACAUCUUCCUCAGCAUCCCCACAGUCCACUCCGACACUGCCGCCGGGCCAGCCUGGGAGGGAGCUGGCAUCACACCUCACAUUCCUGUCUCAGCUGACGCCGCCCUCGGGACCGCCAAGGGCAUCUUCAACAAGCACUUUGCAGGCCAGAAGUAAACCACGUCCUGAACAAAGCCAGGGGGGUUUCAACAUUCAUUGUCAUUUUUGCUUUGACAGCCAAAUGGUUUCAUUUUUGAUUUAGAAUCUAGACUUGUUGAAGAAGUGAAAAACGUAGAUUAAGUACAAAGUAGGCCACAAAGUGUAAUCUGUUAUUCGUCAUCUCAAAACCUAAGCCUUUUUAGCCUGUUUGUAAUUUAGAGCAAAGGUUCAGCAGAAUGAUUUACUUCUAGUUUCUCUUUUUCUGUUGAAUGUUACACUGGCUGUUGAAGGUUUUAAGAAUGAAUGGCGCUGAGAUGCCGAUUCUUUAAUGAAGUGAUAAGUCAGUUGUAACAUCAAAACAAUAUUCAAAAAUUUCAUUUUUGAGAAGUCACAUGCAAAAGAGAGGAAACAAAUUAAGUAAACACACACAAAUGCUUUCAAACUAGUUUCAAAAUAGUUUGCUAUUCAUUUAUUAUGUUGGAUAUUUGGAAUUGGGAAUUCUGUGAAGUAAUCCACUUGUUGCUCUGGUCAGAAAACCAUCACGUGAUGUCCUCAUUGUGUAUGGGAAAAACUGUAUGCCCAUUAUGCCAUGUGGGCCUACUUGGGUCGUAUCAAUUUCAGUGGUGAGACACAAUAAAAAAGAAAACUGAAAUACAAAA